AUGCGUCCACGAUUCCCUGUUGGAUAUGAUAUAAUUAGAAAUAAAAACACUGCUUAUUUAAUGUGGGACACUAUAGAAGAGAGGCCAAGUCAAUUACUACCAAGAAAAAUAAUUAUGACUAUGAAACUACAUGGUGAAAAUAACCUUGAAACUUUUUCACUAGAAUUUGAAGAAAAUAUAAGAAAAGUAAAUGCAUGUGGUGUGGAGUGGACAAACCAAGAAAGUAUUUGCUGUUUAUUAUUGGCAAUGCCAAAAAGUUUGGAAACAGUUACCACAAUAUUAGAAAGUAUGCCUUCAAAGGAACUAACUGUAGAUAUAGCGAAAACAAGAUUGAGAUCAGAAGUUGAAAGAAACAGAUCUAAGAAGUACAAGUAA